AUGUUAUCCAAACUCUUCUCUUUUGGUCACCGAAAAGCCGGGAAAAAGCACAGCGAUGCCGAGACGUAAGCAUCAUUAUUCGACAGCCUAAUUUUUCGUUUUAGAACGUCGUAACGGCCCUUAAUAAUUUUAUUGUAUUCACGUUUCGCAGCGAAGCAGACGAAAAAAUUCAUGGGACAAAGAGGUAAAUGUUAGAGGGAGGCUAAUGGUUUUUAUUUUUGCCAAGUAUUGUAGAUUUAUUGUUUGAUGCGUCACAGGCACGACAAGUUACAGUCAGUUAAUUGGGAAUGUCAGCCAUGUUUAAUUUCUUUAAGGAGUGAUGGUUUCGUGACCGAUGGUUUUGCGGACCACAAUGUCUUGUAGUGUAAGCUUACGUACUAUUAUUGAUUUUACAAGUGUUACUACUGAGUAAAGUAUUGAAUCGACACCAUAAAUGCGUUUGAAACCCUUCUUCACUUGUUCGAGGAAACGACAAAUAAGCUUACCAAAGUCGCUCCAUAAGAAAAUUUCUCUUCUACUCGCUUUUUAUCGCAGUGAUUGAGCUACAAGACAGAUUGACAAAUUCAUGCGCAUUCAACUUUUACUAGCGUAAUGUUUUCAACUACAAUAAGUCUGAGGUAGCCAGUGAUCUAAGAAUUUUCGCAGCAUGUAACGUAUCGGCUGAUUCUAUUCAGGUCAAAACAGAACAGCAACAAAUAAACCCAUCCGGUGUCUUCCUUAUUAUAACUUAGUUUAUCAGUGUAAUUUGUCUGGCCAAGUGGUUCACUAAUUUAUGUGAAUUUUGUUUUAUUUUAUAAAAUGGAGAUCGAUUAGCCAAAAUUAAUGGAAUUAAUGAGCCUCGUGACUCAAGAUGUCAAAGAGGCUGCAGACGUUCCUGAUCCCAAGAAUCUGCUAACCUCAGAUUAUGAGGCAUUUUUCCAAUUUGAUGAUUUAUAAUCUUAAUAACAUGAAUACUUUACAUUUUUCUCUAUUGUUUUAUAUCCACAAUUAAUGUUUCGAGAUCUGUGGGAACAAAGGUUGAUUGUGUGACAAGGUUUUUUAGAGGUUUAGUAAUUUUUAGAUGCUGAUUUCCAGGAUUAAACUUCUUUAACUUUAACUUGUUGACUGGUGUUGACAUGAUUAUUUUUACUAAAUCAGAAUAAUAAUUUUCAGUACAUUAAUCCUUUUUUUUAUCUUAAAACAAUUGUCUCAGACGUCGAGGCUGGUGAAGCUUUGCCAUUAUUGGGUAACAAAAUACUCUAAUGUAUUAUUUUGCUUAGGGGCCAACCAUUUGGGGUUAUGUUGAUCUGGUUUGCAUAAGAAUUUAUUUCCCCAAAUCUCUGGUGGUAGAAUUUUUGCCCUAUUAUACAAAGCCAUUGUAUGGCAGGUAUUUCCUUGCAAGAUAUUUUUCACCCAAAAUCAAUCUGCAUGAUAUUUUUUUCUGGAAUGCCUUGAAAGUAAACAAAACACGAUUUGCAAAAAAAGGAAGUGAAAUUUGAAUGACAAGGUGGAACAAACGACAGUUCACUUUUAACAGCUUUCAAAUGUCCUGUGAGUUGUAGGGAUCUGAAAUUAUAGCAUAAAAGUAUGGCCUCAAGCAAUUAUUUGCACAUGUACAUGUAUGUUCUUCUUUAGAUAAUUGCUAAUGAUCAUUAACUUUCAUAUUUGACAAGGCAGCUUAGAUAAUAAUAUUUGGCACAGUUGUGCGAAACAUUUUGUUAUUAUUGUACAGUGAAGAAUUCCUAUACUACAGUUGUACUUUUUGUCCCGUUGCUAACUUACUUUGAGAAUAUUUAUACAUUUGGGACCAUAUGAAACCUAAAACUCAGAGGAGCUAAUUAUGUUUUCAUUUUGGACUAAUCAUGUUUAUGAUAUUGUAAAAAGCAAGAAAAAAUAUUUUUGUUUUAACUGGAAUGAGUACAUGCUUGUAUGAUUAAAUGACCACCUCUUUAAUGCAACGAUAUUUUCAUGGCCCCUGUAUGUUUUUACUACUUUCUUACUGUUUUUGUUCAUGACUGGAGAAGUAAAAAUGGCUGAAAGUGGCUGUAUUAGAGCUGUAUACAUUGUAGGUUUGGUCAGAAAAAAAGUACUUAAACUACAUAUACGUAUAUGUUCUAGUUAAGUUUUUAUCUCAGGUAAUUUUUAUUUUUCUUUUGUUUCAACUUCAUUAGCAUACAUUACCAUACCCAAAAACAGAAAAAAAAAUUACUUGAGAUAAAAAAUUAACUACAACAUAUACAUGUACAUUUAUAUAGCAGAGGAACAUGGCAGAUUGAUUCAUUCAUUCAUUCAUUUAUUCAUUUCUUUUUUGCCAUUAACUAAAUACAAAUACGACAACAAUAUACAGAAAUUUAUAGUACACUAGAGAUAAUAUAUACUAUUCUAACUAAAUUAUUUACAAAAUUAGAUGUUUAAAUUGGUAAUGACAAGAAAGCCUAUAUAGAAGCCAUGGGCUUAGAAACUAUAGAUUCAUGUAGAAGUGCUAUACUAGCUAGGAGACAGGACUGAUUAAGGUAGAGGGAAGUUCAAGAAGGGAAGGAAACUUAAUUUGGCAUUUUUCCUUUCUUCUUUUUCAAGGCCAUUUCCUCAGUUGGAGCAGGAUAAGAUAAGAGUCCUGGUGUUCAGAGAUUGUGAUCGCAGGGGAAAAACCUUGUUGUUUGAUUCUAAUGCAGUUGCCUGUCAGCAGGUAAGAAAAUUUAUAGCAAUCAUUUUAGUGUUAUAUAUUACUGUUACGAUAAUUAACAAAGACUUUAUUUGCUGUAAAUGUACUUCUUUUCUUGGUUGGUUACAGUCAUAAUGGCUUUUUAUGAUUGUUCUACUUACCCUAUUGUUCACAAGUGUCUCAUCAACUUCCUAAAAAAAAGUUGAUUUACUCUACUAAUAGUUUGUCUGUUCAUUACAGGAUGCAUGCCAUAACAAGGGCCAUGAUGUGGAAAACAAGAGGCUAUCUGGAGGACCAAAGAUGGACACUAAACAAGGAAACAAGUCUCCAAUGUCAAGACCUAAAUUACAGGUUUGUAUCUAAUGCUCAAGCAGGAUACAUACAUUUAAUAACAACAAUAUCAAUGUAUUUGCCAAGUUUGAUUUUGUGGACUGCUUUUCAUAGGUCUGCUACUAUUUGCCUUGUUGUUGUGAUCUUAAAACUGUGAAUUUUGCAUUUGUAGGAGACAUUUUGCAUCCUUCUUCAAAGUUUCUCCUGCUUUUUUUGGUCUUAACCUGUUUUCACUUGCUAUCAGCCUUGUGCUAACUAUAUCACAUGAUUUCCAGAACCCACGACCGAGUCAUGAUGCUAAAAUGCUGGGAGAAAUGAUUUUUGGAUCAGUGGCAAUGACAUACAAAGGGCAAACAGUCAAAGUUCAUGAAAUAAGGUAUGCCUUAUUCCACAAAGCAUGAUGGCAGGCAUGACUAGCAUCUGCUUGUCUUAACUGGCUGUGUUCUCUUUAUUGGCAAGCAAUAAACUUUAUAUUACUCUGCUUUUUCAUGUGUAUUUGUAUCAAGAGCACAAUUUGUUAAUGAUUGCUGUUGUUCUUGUGAUUUUUUAAAUUUUAUUUAACUUCCUCAGGUAUUGACACCCUGUACACCCUGUAUGUUUUAUAUGUAGUUUGUGUGAGCAAAAGCUUUGGUUUAGAACAGAAAAUUUGCCUGCAUUGCAGAGCUGAUUUUGUUAGGUGUCUUUAAUGAAAAUAGUGCAUGGUGUAGCGGGAUGGUUACUUGCAGCCAUGUAAUCACUCCACCAAUGUUAUUUCAUUGGUACAAAAAUUCAUAUGUGUUCAAGGGAGAUUAUAUUCAUCUGCAAAGAUUAAUGAUAGUCUCUCUUAACAUUGUGCAGACAUAAUAUUGUCUGAUCACAAGUUUUUGUUGGACAUAGGCAAGUUUAGACAGACAUUGACUGUUAUCUGUAGCUGUGGUAUUGUGUAGACUUACUUAAUGAUCAGGUGUAAACUAUGAAAUUUUCAGAACACCACACCAGCUACUUCUGACCAAUGUGUUUGCUGUUAAACCAAGAAUUGUUAUGCCCAAUUGUUGGUAAGAAUUGUUCAUUUUGACUGGUCAAAUUUGUUAAUCUGUAAAAUAAUUAUGAUGUGAACAAGUACUGCAAAUGCAAAAAAUAUAUAUUUUUUUACCAUUGUCAUCAUCAUUACAUUUUAUCAUUUUUGGUGAAUGUGGAUGCGAUCCUACUAAUUACACUGUACUAUGAUCAGUCUACAUGUAAGAAGUUGAUAACAACUUGGUAGUUAAACUGGAAUCUCUUUCUUUCCCAAAGUCUUUUUUAAUCAGCUAUACAUGUAUAGUGUAGGUUGAUCAAAUAUUAUAUACUUCAUACUGCAUAUACAUCUUUUUCUUUCAUCUGCAUUUCACCCAUAUGAUUUAUAUCUUAUACAGAGGAAUCCUGGAUUCUUGAACCCUUGGUUUCUUUAAACUCGUGAUACUUUAAUCUACCUUGUUUACUCUGAACCAUACCUUUUCCCUUGGAGUUUGAAGAAAUUGGGAUUUUACUUAAUGCCCAUUGUGAGUGACUCUAUAAUUAAUCAGUAAUAAGUACACACCAAAUACAAAUAUGGCAGACCUCUCGGCCAGCCUGGGUCCAGUUGUGCAAAAGCUAGGCUAGUUAGGCCUCAAGAGUUUUGUUUUGACUGCUCGUCUUAGCGAUUGAGUUGAUAGAUAUGGUUUCCUUCGAGUUGUUGCGUACCUGAGUGCCACCAAAGAGGAAAUUUUACUCUAGCUGGAAGUACCUUUACUUUUCCCAAAAUCUUUUCACAAAGAAGGUUAAGGAUUCAUGCGAUUCAGUGCUGCGAUGGAAAGCACUUUACGGCGAAAACGCAAGUGUGCUCGCUUCACUUGCUUUAGAAGAGAGGACUCACAAAAGUAUUUGAAUGAAAUAAUUUUCACAGGAGAUGGUGCUGUUCCAUGAUGUUUGCAUGGUCUUUUAUUUAUCUAACAAAAGGUGAACAUUCUCGAGAUUGGGAGCAUCCACUGUCGACUUUACAUGUUCAGUUUUCACGCUGGAAACAGCUGCAUGAAAUAUAACAACAGUGAUGAGUGUGAAUGAAACACAACAAUAAUAAGCACCUGUUCAUCGUACAAGUAUGGCCUGUGAAACCAUGUAAGAACCAGAAGAAUUAGCAACAUGUUUGAAGAACAGUCCUUUGAUCAAAGUCCGCUGAAAGAACUAACAAAGGAACUGUCGCGAGCUAAGAAAGUAAGAAGAAGGAAAAAGGUUUUGGCAGGGAAAGAGUGUGCAAGUAUUCAAGCAUUGUAUUUGCCCUUACGCAUAAUCUAUUUUUAAUUAGCAACUUGUUGAAGGGUUUUGAGAUAAACUAACAGCGGAAGUAACAGAAGUGUCCCUGAGAGCUCCUAAGGAUUGUUAAGUUGGAACGGCGAACUCACUCGUUCUCAAGAAUGUUUACCUUUCCUUGGUAAGAGAACAGACAAAGCGAACUUGAAACAGAACCAUUUCUCAGGAAUUCUCCCAUUCCAAAUAGUUUUGUGAGUCUUCUCUUCUGAAGUGAAGUGAGCACUCUUUCGUUCUUUUAACUCGGUGAUAGUAAAGUGCUUCCAUUCCUUGCACCGAAUUGCUUCAAUCCAUGUCUUUCUUCCUAAAGAACCUUGGCAAAGGGAAGAUAAUCAACUUUCGUUUCUGGUGGAGUUAAAUCUCCUCUUUGAUGCCUCUUAAGCAGGUAACAUAUCGAUGCAAACCAUAUCGAUCAACUCAAUACACCGAUUCAGCCUAAGACCGGAAGUUGCAUGAAAGCGAGGCCUAAGGGCUAUCGUUCGCGCGAAUCUCAUAAACAUGGCGUCUUCAAGUAAACAAAAGAAUUCGAGUCACAAGUGUUGCGCGGCUGUUCUUUGCAAUAAUCAUUCAGAUAACCGACCAGAAUUAAUUUUUCAUAAUUUUCCCUCUGGACGAAAGUCUUAAGAAAAUCUGGGAUCAAAAGUGAAGCGUGGCGACAAAAAAUUGGCCUCGAACAGCUCACUCUUCUGCUGUUCUGAAUAUUUUAGUGAGAAGGACUACAGGAAAAGCCUUACCGGCAAAAGAUGUGAUCUUGUAAAGAAUGCUGUUCCUUCCAUUUUCCCAUGGUCAGUUGGCAAUGACGAAGCCUCUGAAAGGUCCGAAAGAGCCAAAAGUCGGGAAUGCCAAAGGAUUAAACUUUCUGCGAUCCCAUCCAAGAGUAUGGAAAAUAAACAUCACCCAUACGAUGCACCUGACAUCUCUGCAAUGGACACUCAAGACGAAGAUUCAGGUGAAAAACCAUUAGAUGAAGAGAGAGACUUGGUUGCCGAGAAUUAUGAACUUAAACAAAAGCUGUUUCUUUCAAAAUUUGGUUUGGAGAGGUUUGGAUCGAAUGAUGAUGACAUAUUUUUCUACACAGGAUUUCAGAGUUACCGAGCUUUGAUGGCAUUUUGGAACUUUAUUAAACCUUGCUCUGAGUCGCUGAUGUCGUGGAACACAGCACGCGGAAAAGUUUAAGAAAGAAACAAUGCUAAUCCAUUUCCUUUUUUGCAAGGACAGGAGAAACAAAGAAAUAGAAAGAGAGAAAUAGAGCCCAUCGAUCAGCUGUGGUUGUUUCUAACAAGGGUGCGUCUUGGCUUAUUCGAGCGUGACUUGGAAAACAGAUUUAGUGUCUCUGUAAGUACAGUGUCUGAUGUUUUUAUUACUUGGGCAAACUACCUUUACAUAAUGUUGGGAAGUUUGCCUUUAUGGCCUUCAAGAGACAAAAUAAAACAACACUUGCCAGAUUCUUUUAAAGGAAGGUAUGAAAACGUACGUGGAAUUCUUGAUUGCACAGAGCUGAAAUGUGAGUUGCCCAAGGAUUAUCAGAAGCACUCAGAAAUGUACUCAGACUAUAAAUCUCACGACACAUUUAAAGGGCUCAUCUGCAUUUCACCGAGUGGAUGGAUAACAUUUGUUAGUCAGUUGUAUCCAGGGAGAAUAAGUGAUAAGGAAAUUGUGGAGAAGAGUAACUUCUGUCAGUUAAUUGAAAUGGGGGACCAGUACCUUGCAGACAAGGGCUUUGAGAUCCAUGACCUAAUGGCCCUCAGAGGAGCAAGUUUAUAUAUUCCUCCAAAGAGAUUUUCUGCCAAUGACCAGUUCACACAAAGCCAGUGUUUUGAGACCAUGAGUAUAGCAAAUGUGCGUAUUCAUGUUGAAAGAGCAAUUAAGCGAAUCAAGGCUUGGCAUAUUUUUAGUCAAGUUCUGCCUCUUUCCAGCUUUGGGUCCAUAAAUCAGAUCUGGACUGUAUGUGCUUUGUUAGUAAAUUUUCAAUAUCCAAUUAUUUCAGUUUAAAGAAAGGAAGCUUUCAGUAUUUUGGAAGGGAUGGGUUCUUAUAUCAGGGAACUAACAAGUGUGUUUUUUAGGAAUUGAAUGUUAAACUAAAGAUUCUGAAGCUGUUCAGGUCUUGUUACUUUGUAUAAGUCUCUGGUUUGGGUUUUUUCAAUAAUUGGAGGACUUGAUAUGUGAAAAAGUGAAUGCAAAAAUAAUAUUAUUCUAUCAAAUGCACAUGGGUAGAUUGGGUACUCAGAUUUAAAACUGAUGGAGACUGGCUGUGCUUGAAGAAAAUAUAUUUGUUAUAGUAAUGAUGAUGGUGAUAAUAAUAUAGAAAAUAAAACCAAAAUUUGUCUUUUCUUCAAACCUAAAAGUCUAUCUGUAAGACAAAUCCUAAAAAAUAACGGUCAAAAUUUUUCAAAAAAUAAUACACAAAAAUAUCUAGUUUCACCUUCCCUACCACCACCAUCCCAUCACUUGUAAACUAUAACUUGAAUACCAUUCCUUGUGCUUUAGAACAUACUAAAGCUCUUAUGCAGACAUUUGGUUAGAGUCAACUUGUAUUUUCCAAGAAACUAAUAGUGUUGCUUUGCAGUUCUAAAAACACUCACUGUUUUUAUUUUGAGAUAUAUUUCUUGUGAAAAGCAAUUAAACUAGGCUUAAUUUCAUCCUCCCACCUUGAGGAUGAUGUGACCUUGAGAACCAAAACUGGAAAUGUGUUGUUAGUAAAUAUGACAAAGUCAGUUAAUGGAAUUCCACUGACCCCCAUUUGCAUCUGAGUCUGAAACCAAUAUUUGUGCUUUUCUUUUACUACAAAGACAGAGUUCAGUUCCAUAAAUGGGAAACUGCUUUCCUUUUGAUGAUUAUUUAUUGCAGUCUCUGGUGACAUAUCCUGCUUGGACUCUAAACAUUUUAUUUCCACAUUUCUGUAUUCAAUGUCACCAUUGGCAUACACUAUUGUUGCAAUUCUGUCAGGACUUGCUGCAAGAACAUCAUUUUCUUUGUCUAAAAUUAAUCCAAUCUCUUGAACUGUCACUUCCUUGAUGUCUGGCAAUGACAAGAGAUAUUCUUUGUACAAAUCAGCUGCCACAGGUUCAUUUUCAAUACCAAAGAUCAAUCCUUUACUUUUAUAAUUAAGAUGUUUAGCUGGUGAAUAGCUGACCAUUUUUGGGGGUGCUCCUUUUGCUGUAUUUUUUUUUACUAGAUUUUCUGGUAAUUUUGACCCCUGUUUUUGCAUAUGAGAAAAGACAUCUUUACAGAUACUGGCAGUUAUUCUGUUUUGCUUUUGUUCAAACCAAGCAGGAUUCGUUGAUUGUCCUCUUGUUGCCAUUUCAAUUUGCUUUUGCUUGUCUGUAAGAGUUUCAAUAAAUAAUGUUUCUGUUUGGACUGUUGGCUGUUGUGCUUCGGAUGGAUCAGUUGUACUUUCAAUAAAACUUGAAAUAUUCUGUUCUUGCUGUUGGUUAUUAACAUUACAAUCUGAUAUCUGCUGAAGCUGUAGCUCAUCAUAAUCAUUAGAAGGAGUGCUAAGGGGUCCCAUUUCUGAUUCACACUGCACAGUGGAAGGUGGAGCAGAGAUUUCAUGAUUCAAACUUGAAUUUGAAUUCAGUGCUUGCCCAUUUGAGACAGGAUUCACAUUUUCUUUACCAGCAAGGGAGGAACUACUAAAAUACGAUACUACCAAAUUUUGAGGCUGCCGGAAUAAUCUUGAAGUUGCUUAUGAAUUGUUGAACCUUUAGCAACAGUGCCAACUAUAGUCAUUACUGUUUGAAUUGUCUUUUCCUCUGGUAACAUAGCAGCAAAGGGUAUACGAGCAUUUAUUUUCUGAAGAUCGUGCCUCAGCUUUACAAUUCCAUCAGCAUCAAGCUUCUGUGAUUUCAAUGGUCUGGGAUCGUAAAACUGAGAGUCAAUACUCCUUUUCUUCCUACCAGGUAAGUCAGACGCAUGUCUUGGUUUCGUUAUUUUUAAAGCCAUCACUGGAGAGAACUCUACUUCUCCUCUACCCUUUUUUCCCCAUUCCCUCGGUUUUGAUGUGCAGCAUCUGUUGUCAGGAGUGAUAUUUUUUAGCUCUGACUUUCUCGUCAUGUCCUCAAGUUUCCAUAUGAGCGCCAUUACAUGACAACAACACCCACUGUUGGAAGCCGGACACUGCCUAUCACACUUUGCUGCUAGAAUCUUUGGGGUCCCACUUUGUUUACAAACCAUUUUCACCUUGUAUUUAACAUUCCUCUUAUAGGAAGCCCAACAGCAGGCACGGACGAUAUAUGAUGUUAUUUUCUGUGUUAUUAUACACCUGUAAAUCGUGCACAAAAUUGACCAUACGGAGGCCUUUGUCAUUUGAGUUUAUAACAACUGCUGCAUUGGUAAAUUUUUUCAUGGAUUUACCAGAAUUUUUUACCUGCUCAAAGGCAUCCAUAGGCACAAAUGGGGGCAAAACAGAAAAGUCCUCUGAAAAUUGAGUGUUUUCAUCCGGUGGGAAAGUGUCUAAAAUCGAACUACACGAGCUUGCUUGUUGGUCGAUCAGCUCAGUCUGGACUGUUUCGAUAUUAAAGGUCUUUAGCUUUUCAACCUUUGCUUUCGUGUAGCUCUUCUCAGGAUCAGGGUCAAAAACUUUCUCUCUGUAGUAAGGAAUCGCGUUGAAUGCCUUAACCCUGCCCCAGAAAGAAAGAAAUCUCAAAUUAAAAGCAGAAAGAAAAGAUUUUAGCGAAAACGAAAUUUUGUUGACUAGCGUGGAAGGUUAGAUAACAUUGUUUAUAUAAUGCAGGUGCUACGAAACUUACUUUUCGACAAGAUCUUUCUUCAGUCCCUGUUGGUUCAGUCUUCUGCAUUUCAACCAAAAUUUUAAUUGUGGAAUUGUCCAUUUACUUAUGUCUUCUCCGUUUUUCACGGAUGAACAUGGAAUGUCUUCUGGUGUAAGGUUUACAUCAGAAGACAUUCCAUGUCUUCCAUGCAAAGUCUCGGUGUUUUCCGCCAUGAUUUUUGAGAUUCGCGCGAAAGAUAGCCCUUAGGCCUCGCUUUCAUGCAACUUCCGGUCUUAGGCUGAAUCGGUGUAUCGCUAAGACACGCCGUCAAAACAAAACUCUUGAGGCCUCACUAGCCUCACUUUCGCCUAGAGGUCCACCAUAAUUAUUUGCAUUUGGUGUAUUAUUAUUACUUCUACUAUUGCCACUACCACUACCACUACCACUACUACUAGUACUUAUAGUAAUAUUAAUAAUUUAAUACUUAUUUUUGUUUGUUUAGUGAUGGUAAUGAGUACUUAAGUACCAGCAGCCAGGUAGACUCAAUGCUUGAUGACAGCACCAGAAUUGACCCUGAAUGUGCCUCAGUAUCAUCUCAAGGUAGUUUUUCCAAAGAAGAUGGACUUCUAAAUGGUAUGUAUCAUCACUAUCCAGUGCUCAAACAUAACUUAUAACAUAUCUACCAUUUACGUAGCUACAGUGUAGAAUAUUGACCUAAUCAAAUUCAAUAGCCUAAUAAGCACACGUCGUCUAACCAAUAACUUGAGUUCUUGUGAGUUUAUCAAUCCUCCCAAGUGCAUCCAUGUUCUUAAUGUUUCACAGCAUGCAAAGAAGUGCUUUUUGUAACUUACAGAUAUUAAUUAUUAUACAAUAUUUGUAUUACCAUUAUUUUUUUAGGAACUAAGUCUUCUAAGCCAGUGGAUGUUCCUGGAUCUUCACCAUAUCUUGUUAUUGAUGCUGAUGGAGACAGUGGCUUCACUGCCUCAGUUGAAAGUAAAUUUUGAAUUUAUGGAUUCGAGCUUCAAUACAUUAUAUUGUUAUUUUAAGUAAAGUUAAUUCUUUUUGAAAAGGUUUCCAUAAUUUGUCAGAAGGCUGUUCAUAUUACUUUCACUGUCUAGCUUAUAUUAACAAGUAACUUCCUCUGCACUAUAUUUCCAAGAAUAGCAUUCCAGUUACAAAACACUGUAUAAGUGGCCAAUGUACACUGUAGAUCAGAGGUGGCUGUUAGUGGAGGAUCAACUGUAAAUCUGAUGUUAUAACUGAAUAAACUUAUAACAUCAGAUUUACAGUUGAUCCUCCACUAACAGCCACCUCUGAUCUACAGUGUACAUUGGCCACUUUUUUCAGCCGCAAGCCAUAUAUUGACUCUUGUUUAAACUUCUUGACAACACCCACCUCCUUCUGUCCCCAAGGUGGCCGGUUUGGAGAAGUUCAACCAUAGCUCUAUUUUAUUCUUGAUUUUAUGAUGUUUUUCACUAUAUCAGUAAAUGGGUAGCUUAUUUAGUGUUUUCAGUGAAUACUUAGGAAAGCUCGCUACUUUUCCCUAAAUUGAAAUACUUCCAGGUAAUUAAAGAACGAUUCAUUCUAACCAUAUUUCACCUGCACAUGGUGAACACUGUACUUUAAAUUUGAUUGAAACUCCUAAGUAUUCCAAUGUUCAACCUGUAGGUCACUGCAAGGAAAAUACACUAUUCCAUUAACAGUCAAAUCAGGUCAAGCAUUCCCAUCCCUAAUGAACUAAUGAAUUCAUUAACGGAAAAAUGAGUUCAUUUGUUGAUUCAAUAAUCCAUUCAUAAAAUGAACAAUCCAAUAUUCACAUUCAGCCUCGUUCAAUAAACUACACUUUCCACAAGUUGACCUCAGAAUUUUGUUCUUCCUUCUUUUUUCCUAAGAGUUGAGGGUGGGCGAGUUCUGAAGUUCAAACCCAAACAAACAGUUACAUGUACACUAUUCUGCUGCCAGUAAUCAGUGCAACAGACCUGACCUCUUUGACAACACAGUGGUCAAUAUAUGGGGUAUUGAUCCUUGGCCUUUAAUAAUAAUAAUAAUAAUAAUAAUAAUAAUAAUAAUAAUAAUAAUAAUAAGGAUUUCUAUAGUGCCAUAUCCGUAGGCUCAUAGCACUUUACAACUGAAUAUUUCAAACUGAAAAUUUUGGAGAUAAAAAAAAUUUACAUCAAUAAUAAAAAACAAAUUUAUGAAAAAUGCAAGAUAAAAUUAAAGAUUAAAAAAUUAACAUUUUGUCAGCUUCUUUGCAUUUGACUUUGUGGUCUGUCGAUUCUAGCUGUUAUUUUGAUUAAAGGCAAUGAAAAACGCAGUUGUAAAUGGUAGGAAAAGGAAGCAAAUACAAAUUAACCCAACAGUUAAGAAUAAAGAACAGGUAGAUUUUGUUCAUAAACCAAAUGAACAUUUCAUUGUUGAAUUGAUCAAUUUGACAAUUGGAUUAUUCAUUAUUUUUAUGAAUGGAUUAUUGAAUCGACAAACCAAAUCAUUUUUCCAUUCAUGAAUUUAUUAGUCCACUGGCGACAGGAACGCUUGACAUGCUUCGACUGUAAUGUGUAGUGAAUAAAAUAGAGGCAUUUUAAUAUCUGCUUCCUUCUUUCAAAGGUAGCUACAUGGAUGAAAAUCUAUCAUCACUAUUUACUUCGGCUUCUUCACCUUCUGGCAGUUACCAUCGGCGUCUUUAUCGCAGUCAUGCCACAAGUAUUGACCGUAGCUUUGGGCGAAAAAGUGAAGAGUUAUCAGAAGAUGUAAGUUAUCAAUAAAAUUGCUUUGAGAGAAAGGGCUUAAACUAAGAGUUCCAUGUUGCUGGUUAUGUGCAAUAAUAUUAAUAAUAUUAUUCAUGGUUAAUGUCCUCUGCAAAGGAGAGACUAGGUUGUUGUGGGAGUGUGACCAAAAGCGUGAUCAGGAAAAAGGCAAAGCUUUAGAAAUUUAUUUCCGAACAUUUUGCCAUAAGUCAAACACAAGAAACUUCAAUCUAGAAAUUUACUUGAGCAACUGUGUUGGUUGCCCCCUAAAAUGGCUAAUUUUUUGCCAAAACAAAAUGCAACAUACAUGUCUGGGACUCCCUUCCCUACCCUACUGAGUUUUUUACCCCUACUUCCAGAGUCUGUUCGUACAUGCAGGUGUACGCUGACAUCAUUACCAAAUGUUCUCAGAUGGAUAGAUUGCCAAAUUAUCUUAGCAAUUGGGCUCCGCUCACGUGCUUUAGCUCCGCAAAUAAUCAAUUUAAUACUACAUGAUCUGUCAUUCAAAUUCAUAUAUUAGCAUAUGAUAGAUUUAUAUUUUUUCUUGAUAGCACAAGUAUUUUACUAAUUUUUACUUUUUAGGUAUAGAUUCUUAAUUACAAUAAUAUUAUAUACUUCAAUUAAUUUCCACACGGCCCCAUAAGCUGUUUUAGCUUUAAUCUUAAGCAUGUUUAAAUAAUGUUGAUGUUAUUAUUUUCAUGGGGAAAAAUGUUACAAGUGUAAAAAUUACUGUACUGAAGAUUAUGGUCAAAACAAAGUUAUUUGUGUAAUCUUGCUUCUGUUUUUUUUUAAUGGGGUAAAGUUUGAUCUUCAAUAUUGUUCCCUCUUUGGUACUAAAGUAACAAGUCUGUAGACCAUUUAGUUUGAACAGUUUUCUAAGGAAAUUUAGACAAAAUCAUAUGCUCAUGUGCCCUUUCACUCCAGUGUCAUACAUGUAUGCUUAUAUUUUAGAGACAAACCCUUUGGUAAUUUUUGGUUUAGAACUUUUCAGUUGAGAGUUGUGAAUUUACAGUUAAAUGGGGGAACCUACAGUGUAGCUCAGAAAACAUGUACAUGUACAUCUUAUAGUAGUUUUUUGUUUGCAUACGUAUUGGUUGCUUAUCCCUGAGCUAUACUGUUCAUUUUGUUACCCACAAGUAUACUAUAUUUACGUAUUUUUUAUUGAAGGUUUCUCCACUGAUGAGACGGAGGCCAAAGCUGGGCAUUGGGAUUAUUUUAUCACUUGGUGACAACGAAGAAAUGAGCAGGUUAAAUUAUUGAUAAAUAUAAACAUUUAUAACAAUACUUAUGACCCUUUCACUGCUUGAAUCAGGAAUUAUUUGACGAAAAAACAUUCAAUCACUGUCUGGAUUAAAUCUUUUAAUAAGAAGUGUAAUAAAUUAGGAACCCUGUAGAAGAAAUUUCAUGUUGUUAUUCCAAAAUUAAUUUUAAAAUUUUUUAUCUGUAAUUAUUACUAGCUACUUCGGAGAGUUAGAGGUUUUUUCCCCAUUACAUGUAGUUGAAUAUUCAGGCAAUAUACAUACAUGUUUACAUACAUGUACAUUUAUUUAUCAAACCCAAGAAAGAGUACCUCAUUAACAUUUCCAAACACUAAAAAUUUUAAUCAGCUUAUAAGUUGAAGCUCAUUCAGGCUGCUAAUCAUGCUAUACAUGUAGUACUGCAAGGGAAGAAAAUGCCCAUCAAUAAUUUACUUAAAUGCAAAAAUACCACAUCCCGCAUGUUUAGAAAUACUACAAUUUUCCAGUUUAAUUGUUUUAAGGCUACAAUUUACAAAAGAAUGCAUUAAGAAAACUGUCUAACACUGCAGUGCCCCCUUAUUAUCAUGUUGAAAAUUUCCUGGUAAAUAAGGUUUAUCUUUUUUUAAAAUAGGGCUCUUCAAGGUUUCUUCUUUGCACAUUUUCCAUUGCUUGAGUCACAUGUGAAACGGCUACGACUGGCUGUUGAGGAUGCUUGCUUCUCAAAAGCCAAAUCAUUUUCAACUCAAGUGACAGAGGUAUGACAACUACAUAAUAAACCAUUCAUGUUUAUUUUUGGGGGGAUCAGUCAUUGGAUCAUAUUCUGAAAUAAGACUAGGCAGAAAUUUUGUGAGUUGCAUGUCAACCUUGCUGUGAUUUGUGGAUGCCUGGAAUGCUACAGGCAUGUUAAUAAUAGCAAAUUUGAGGCUGUCACAAUGCAGUGAAUGCCAAAAUAGGAUAUUUUGAGAGUUUAUUCCUUUUAUUGUCAUGCUGGAAUAGAAAGUGUUUUGACUUCACAGCGACCAAACUAUAUAGGUAAUGGCUCCAACUAUUUGAAGAAGUAAAUACAUGUAAGGUGAAUGUAAUACAAUGUACCUGCAACUUGAAACGCCAAUCUGUCUGUCCGUAAGUGAGUGGUCUAUCCUUUAGUGUGGUCUCAUUGCAUUAUCUUGGUGCAGCUUACAUUACAUAAUAGCUUUCAAUUAAUUACCUUGUUUAAUUGUCAAAUAUCAACAGGCAGUAAGUCGAUUCAAAGAGAACAUACACAACCUUCUUGCAGCACCACGACUUAAGGUACAGUUCUGUACAGUAUUGUUGUGACCUUCUGAAGGUUUUUUAGCAAAGUUGUAGUGGGGGAAACAAUCAGGUAGAAGGAUGUAACCUGAUUGUCACCAAGGUGUUAAAAGCUGGUACUCCAAUGGCAGUCAUCUCACCACCUUGGUCUAGGAAUGAAACAAAUGUUAAUAGGAUCAUGAUUCAAUGUAAUGUUUUUUAACUGUAAUGUAUAAACUAUAAUUUUUUAAAAAAGUGUUAGUACAUAUUGCACAUUGUUGUAGUUAUUAAUUUUAUUCCUGUUUCAUUCUUUUAGGAACCUGUUUGGUUAAACAUGAUGACUCACUCAGCUCAUCGUCCUCAUCUCUGUGAAAAAUUUAUGGUGCAGUUGAUUGAUUGUCUCAGAGUUGGAAAUACCAGGGAAACAAAUUUGUAAGCCUUGUGAUUCUGUUUAUGCAAAACAAUUCUUUGUUAAGAGUAGACAACAGAUGAAGGAUGAAACCCACUUAGCAAAGACAUCAAGAAAGGGUAUUGUUAAGUGUUUUUUGUUUUUGUUUAGUUUUAUGGCAGCAGUCCUGACAGCUGUUUUACAAUACCAUUUGGCGUGGGUAUCAACUGUCAUGCCAGCUGGAACAGCCCCUAGCCGGGCUUACCUGGAUAAGCAUUCUUCAAAAACGGUAAGAAUAAUUCAGGUUAAUCUUUACUUGCAUGAGAACUCUCGCUCUUUGCAGGAGUUGGUGUAUCCUUAACCCAUUCGCCCCUGAACCACCCGAAACCACCCGUGCGGAUCCACGUCCUUUGUACCCUUUGUGACGUCAUCAGUUUUAACGGUCAAGGACAACUUUGUUCGCUAACUUGUGCAGAGUGAAGAGAUCUUUCAAACCAUACCAGAAUGAGCACAAUUCAGUCAAGGACACCGGAGAAAGACGCAAAAAAACCAUGUAACAUUGACCUGAAAAUCUCCAUGAAAAUCUUGUUCCAUUGCUCACCUACCUUUCCUUUCACCUAAUCCUAAGAUCCUAAACACUUUCCUAAAAACUAUUCCCACUCAAAUGAAGCCUAAUAAAUGCCUAGCAAGAGAAAAAAAAAUGAGGCAAGAAAAGUGAAAAAACAGGGGAGAAGAGAAAGCGAAAAGUAAAAGUCAGCUGAUUAUUUUUGCAUCUGGAUCAGAAGGCCGUCAAGUGUACGACCUGUAAACUGGUUUGUGGUAAGUUUUAGCUCUUUAUAGCACGACAGUGACCAGAAAACCACUCGACUAGCUUCAAAACGUGUUCUUAGGCCAAAUCUCCAGGAGCGAAUGGGUUAAAUGUGCUUAUGAAAAACAACUACAUUGUACUGAGUCCAACAUCUCCAUCUAUAAUGUAUACACCUCCCCAGUACAGAUGCUUCUUGUGGUCCUUGUUAAGGAAGGGAACCUUUUAGUUACGUAACUGUUACCCCUACAAUAUGGACUCCCUUACCUCUACUGUGUACCUUUUCAUGUAUAUGCUACAGGUCAAAUUCAAUUUCAGGUUAAUUUUGAUUUAACUUAUGUUGAUUCUCAAGUUUUAAUGUCUCCUAGCCCUAGAAAACAAAGGAAAUUGAGAAUCAACCCAGGUUAAAAAAAUUUCACCUGAAAUCAAAUUUUACCUUUAACAUAUACACUGUACCUCUAAUUUGUCAAAGUUAGAGCAUCUGAGUCAAUUUAAUUUCGUUGACCCAAAUGUUUAUUGGGUGUGGCAAAAUUUGAUGAAAAGUUUGAUGGUUGAACCUGGUCUACAGUUUUACAAUGUACAUGUAUGUAGAGCCAAGUACAUUUCUUUUAUAUUAUGUGUUUGUACAUUUACAUCUCUAUUAGUAGAUAGAGUUGUGUUAAAUCAAUAGUGAUUUUAUUACCCAAAACUAAUCAAACUUUCUCUCUUUUUCUGUUGUCUCAAAGCUGGAUCUUCUUGCCCAGUCACACCCUUACAAUCCAUUGUGGGCACAGCUAGGGUAAGCUUCAUCGUAAAAGUGGUUUCUGGCAAUGCUAUAAACCUUGUUAGAGUGAAAACAUCAACAUAGAGUUUAUGGGUAGUGAAGGACACUGCAUUAUUUCAUUCUUACUAGGUAUAAGUGAUUGGCCCAAAUCACAAAUGCAUCAUUUUUAUUGAACAAGUAUAUUACUUUUUUUAAAUUAUAUGAGAAAAAAUUUGUCGUACCUAAAUUUAAAUUUUUAGCUUUCCCGCAAAAGUACUCAUGAUACAGUACAGUAUUGAAUACUGUCACCUAAAUUGCAUGUUUUUUUUUUAU